CAAAAAAUACAUAAUCGAAAACGGGGUGCUGCUUCAGUAUCAGAACAGUUAAAAUUUAAUUUCACCCGUUCAAAUAGUUAAAAUCCGGCUUCAGCUAUGUCCCUGUUACUUCAGGGCGUCCGCCGAUUGCCCGCGUUCUCAAACCUAACGAGUCAGCUUCUUCCGGUUGCCGUGUUCGCCGGAAGCCACGUUUCCUGUUCGUUGCAUACUAGCAGCGCUUUAGGGAAGAACUGGAACGGUCGGAAUUCCGGUCCCCGACGUUGGCUGGAGUAUAACAAAGUGAUCUACCCACCGCAGACGCCGGAAGAGCCGCCAAGACCGGCUUUCGUGUGCCACCAAAAGACGAACAUUAAGUACAGUCCCAAGAAGAUGUGGUACGUUGCCAGUUUCGUGCGGGGAAUGUCCGUAGAUGAAGCUUUAAAGCAAUUAUCCUUUAUCGACAAGAAGGGCGCCAGUGCGGUCAAGGAAACUAUUUUGGAGGCUGUGGAGCUGGCCGUGAAAAGGCACAAUGUGGAAUUCAGAUCAAAUCUCUGGGUUGCGGAAUCUUUCACCGGACGAGGUCAGGUUUUCAAAGGCUUCCGGCGACAUGGUCGGGGUCGAUUUGGCGUAGUAGAGUACAAGCAUUGCCAUUAUUUUGUCCGGCUGGAGGAGGGAAGUCCCCCGGAACAUUACUACGUAGGCAGGGAACCGAAAUCUGGAGACCAGAUGUUGGCCGAUUGGGUCGAGAGCAUGCGAAAACGGAAGGUUAUCAAUUCGUUGUAAGGUUGGGAAGAUUUCGGGUGAGAAAAUACAGCUCGAGAGAUAGUUAGUUA